AUGACCGAAUUUGAAACUCUGGUCAACCCGCCGCAGGAGGUUUUUGAGCAAAUUGUGGAUUUGACAAGCGCCACCGAGGACUGGGCCUUCCAACUCAACGACUACAACUUCUGGAAAACCAACUUUGAUCAGUUUUGGCUGGUUACUGUCGUGGAGAAAGGAACACUGAAUCUAGUUGCUUCUGUCUCCUUGGCUCGCUGGGAUGCUCCGGAAGGCCCACUAUUCUCUAUUGGAAUGUUCUAUUGCGUUCAAAAAUAUAGGGGACAAGGAUUAGGAAAGCCAAUUUUUAAGCAGGUUAUGGAUAUUGUUGGGGACAAUAACGCAACGUUGACUGGAGUGGUCAAGAUGAGUGCCAAGUAUGCCAGCGACUUUGGGUUCGACAAGGUUCCAGAGCACUGGCAUCUGUUCAGUGCUCUCAAGUGUGCUGAUACGGUGGUUCCGGAUAAGGUCUCGGAUAAGUACACCACCAAGGUCUGGUCGGAUGUGGACUACGAAGCGUUGACUGCUUAUGAUCGGACCAUUUGCACCAGGGACCGAAAGAAAAUCAUGACUGCUUGGUUCAACUUAAAGGAUACUUUCACUAGGGUCGUUCUCGACACCUCCGGGAAUAUCGUCGGCUACGCCACUAUUCGUCUUGUCUCCAAGAAUAAGCUCAGCCCCGCACCGUUCUACGCCGACAACCUCGAAGCUGCGGAGGUCCUUCUCAAAGACCUCCUCAACAUGAUCCCUAACUGGCAAAGCUACGCUAGCUUCGGAUUCUUGUAUCCGGAAUGCAACCAGGAUCCACUGAGACUCCUGGAAAAGUUUGCCAAGAGCAAGGAACUGGUCUCCACGGUAACUUUUAUCAGAAGUCAAUUCACCAAGAAGCUGAUUGCCACUCCAGAUCAGAAGGUUUACUCUAUGGCCGACUGUGCUCACCAGUUUGUGUAG